GGUCGGAGCGCGCGCCAGACGCUGGCACAACGCUGGGGAAAUUAAGCGCUUCUUGAUGUCGUGUCGUCCCCACAAAUGACUUGUUAAUUCGGGAAAGUGUAAUUGUUGGUAUUCGGUACAGGUGAACUUGUCCUGGCGGUGAAGGAGGAGGAGGAGGUUGACGCGCUGUGUGUGUGUGUGUGCGUGGACUCAAGUGGGAACCUGUUGAUAGUCGACCGGCGAUGCAUCGGAGACGCCCAAACAGAAGAAGAAGAAUGACACCAAACUAAAGCAGAUCGUCACAAAACAGCCGUUGGUCUGAACAAUCUGUCCGGCCACAUUGGAAAUCAUGGAUACACAGUGUGCUCUGGACGCUGUGGAGCGACUACAAGCGAAACUGAAGGAGCGAGGAGAGGCACCGACACAGGAGAAGCUCUCCCUUCUCAAGACUGUCCUGCAGAGCCCUCUGUUCCAUCACAUACUCAGCUUACAGCAAGCUCAGCGGAAGCCCCUCGCCAAGGGGAAAGGCAUUUCUAAAUCUUUGUCCAUGAACUGUGGGCAAUGCCCGGGCAUAUCAGUGGGCUUGAAGAUGAUGAGCCACAGUGACUCCUACACAUGGGCCAUGGAAAAUCGAACGCCCAGCACGGCCAGAUCCUUCUACAGGGACAGCAGUGUCUGCUCCCUGGCCUCUCAGGAUCUGUCCUUCUCAGACGUUAAUCUGAACAACUACACUCACACUGAGUCACAGUACUGCACUCCACCUCGAAUCUCCCGCACCAUGUCGAUGGGGAGAAACCUCUCUGCCAUUGCUCAUGAGAGACGGCACGUGGAAAUGAUUGAGCUGAUCAAUGACGGAAGGGGGCUUGGCUUUGGCAUCGUGGGAGGGCGGAGUACAGGCGUGAUGGUCAAGACCAUCCUUCCUGGAGGGGCUGCUGGCCGAGAUAAACGCCUGUGUAGUGGAGAUCAGAUCCUGCGCAUCGGAGAUACAGAUCUGGCAGGCAUGAACAGUGAGCAGGUGGCACAGGUGCUGCGAAACGCUGGUACCAAAGUGAAGCUGCUCAUUGCCAGAGAUAUUACGAAGGACAACCGGCUCUCCUCUCCUACCCUGAGCCAUGACAGCUUGGAUGGCAAGCUCAGUGACUGGAAUGAAGACUAUGAGUUCAGUGUGCAGUUCACUAAAAACACCUGCGGCCUGGGAUUGACCAUCUCCAGCUACAUAGGUGACUUAAACUCAGUCUACAGUGCCGGUGUGGUAGUGAAGAGCAUCGUGAAAGGCAGCACUGUUGAUCAAGAUGGACGCAUCCAUGUUGGAGAUAUAAUACUCUCUGUGGAUGGGGUGAGCCUGCAGGGCUGCAGUGAGCAGAGGGCAAUGGAGGUGCUGAGAAGGACAGGUCCGCUGGUCAGACUGAGGUUGCUGAGGAAAGCAGUGCAUCUGAGUCACAUCCUGCCCCCAGUUCCUCCCCUGCAGCCCCUACGACACUCCCACAGCUUCCAUGAGGGAAAUCCCUACAGAGUGGGCCUAAACAAGAUUAAAGAGACAGGAAUCUGUUCUCUGCGUGAGAUCUCCUGGCAGGCAGCGUACACCAACAGACGACCCCAAUACCAUUUCAGAAACAACGUGAAACUGACAGCAGACGAAGAGGACGACCUAAGGAAGAGGUGGCAGCAUGCAGUUGGACCACGAUAUGAAGUUAUUGUGUGUCAGCUGGAGCGUUUCAGUGAGUCAAGUGGUCUGGGCGUCAGUCUGGAGGCUCGAGCAGGACAUCAUUACCUGUGCUCCGUCUUACCUGAGGGGCCCAUUGGCCAAAGCAAUAAGAUCUUCACUGGAGACCAGAUAUUAGAGGUGAAUGGGAUCCCUCUCAUUGGACAGACACAUAAGGAGGUCAUCAGGAUUCUGAAGGAGCUGCCGAUGGAUGUUUGCCUGGUGUGCUCACGAAUUGUAGCCCCUGCAGUUCCUGACAAUGAUGACGAAGAUGAUGACGAUGUCCAUCUCACCCUGAAAGAGCUGCUGGCUGAGUUUAAUGACAAGUUGGACCAGGGCUGUGUCAUUCCGUGUCCCACAGCUGAGGACAUGACCAAGCGUGGUGUGACACCCGUGUCGCCUCCUCUGGCCAUGUGGGAGAGAGAAGCUCAGGUGGUCGAGCUGGAGAAAGGCGAGUCAGGACUGGGCUUCAGUAUCCUAGACUACCAGGAUCCAGAAGAUGCCACUAAAACAGUUCUGGUAAUCCGGUCCUUGGUGCCAGGAGGUGUAGCAGAUCGAGACGGCCGCUUGCUUCCUGGUGACCGACUCAUGUUCGUCAAUGAAACUGACCUGGAAGGCUCAAGCCUGGAUUAUGCUGUGCAUGUGCUAAAGUCCACAGCCUAUGGCCCUGUCUGCAUUGGUGUUGCCAAACCCCUGCCACUGGAAUUGUGCGGCAGCUUGACACCCAUCUCAGAAAGGAGCACGCAGGCGUCCUACGAUGAAAGCCUCACGCAGGACAUCCUGCUAGCUGAGGGGGCCGAGGACAUCACCAACAGCUUCAACUCUGAGGACAGCAGUGUUACCAAGCAGUGUUACAGUAAAACGGAAAAUCAGCUGCGUAAUCGCUUCGGCAUCAUGGAAGACAGCGAGAGCCACCGAGCCCCACCUCUGCCCCCCCGCACCAGCUUUGAGAGGACAAUCACUGUUGUCCGGGGCAACCGUAGCCUUGGGAUGUCGGUGAGUGCUAUCAAGGAUGGCUCCGGCAUGCUGGUGCGCAGUGUGCUCCAGGGGGGCUCUGUUAGCCAGGAUGGCAGGCUGGGGGUGGGGGACGCCAUCUUGGCCAUCAAUGGAGAACCUACCUCCCACCUGACCAACGCCAAGGCCAGGGCCAUGCUACGCAGACACUCUGUCAUUGGGCCAGAAAUGAGUGUCACCUACGUCCCAGCCCGCCAGGUGGAUGAACACCGAUCCCGUCUGUGUUUGCCCCCUCUAGCCUCCAUCGCAGUAGACAGCAUGUCUCCUUCACCCACUCCACCAACACCUUCUCCUGAACCUAUACCAGGCCCAGGCAGAUCCUUUAGUCCACACAAAGCUCCAGCUUCACAUUCACACAGCCUUAAACUCUCCACCUCGGUCAAAGUUGAAGCUGCAGCUCCAGAUUCAGCCACAGUCAGAGCGUCUCCUUCAUUCAACACUACUUCGAAAGGCCGAGCCAUCGUUCCCACCGUCUCCCCAGCGCGAGAUUCAAGUAUGCAGAUUCCAAGGUUUCUCCCUCUCAAGAACGUAGGAGAACAAAACGAAGAUAGUGGAAAUACUCCAGAAGAGGAAAUAAGUGCUGACGUGAAAGUACCAAAGCUAGAGGUGGAGAUAAAGGUGGACGGUAAAGCUGAGGGGGACGAGGAGGUCCAUCCUCGUACCUCUGUGUCUUGGGAUCAGCCGAGAAGUGUGCGGCUCACUCGAGAACCAGGCCAAUCCCUCGGUAUCAGCAUAAUGGGCGGCAGAGGCAUGGGCCGGAGACUGAGCAGUGGAGAGAUGAUGAGGGGAGUCUUCAUCAAACACAUCACUCCCGACAGCCCGGCAGCACAUAAUGGCACCCUCCGGACUGGAGAGAGGAUACUAGAGGUGUGUGGUGUGAACCUAAGAGACGCCAGCCAUGAGCAGGCGGUGGAGGCCAUCCGCAGGGCUGGGGACACUGUGGACUUUGUGGUCCAAUCCGGACAACACAGAUCUCAGUCACCGAUGCUCACCAACCACGAAACACUAACUCAGACACCGCAGUCAAACUCACACGGCAGCAAGGAGGCACAGCCUGUCAGUGGUCUGAUGCUUAGUCUGUCCCCCACAAACCCCUUCACUCCCACCCCCUUUAAGGUAACUUCACCAGUGCCUGAUAGAAAGAAUCGGAGAAGCCCCAUAAGUGUCACAACCGCAAGCGCAGCAGCAGCAGCAGCAGCAGCAGCCAAAGAUGAGGAUGACAUUGGCAGGAAAAAGAUGCUUCAGCGCUAUGGCAGCCUGUCUGGGAAGCUCCACAUGAUCGAGUUGGAGAAGGACCCUGCUGUUCCUGGCCUUGGAAUAAGUCUUGCAGGCAACAAAGAUGGCUCCAGAGCCCGCAUGAGUGUUUUUGUGUCAGAUAUAGACCCUCGAGGUCCUGCUGGUUUGGAUGGAAGGAUACGGGUUGGAGACGAGCUACUAGAGAUCAAUGGUCAGAUCUUGUAUGGACGCAGUCACCAAAAUGCCUCCACCAUCAUCAAUAACGCUCCGUCUAAAGUGGAGAUCAUUCUCGUUAGGAAUAAGGGAACUCUUACUCAAAUGGCCCAGAGAUCAAGAACGGAGUUUGGGGACACAGUGGAUUCCCACAUAGACCCCGCAGAACAUGAAGGAUUAUCGAAAGACAUCUACCAUGUCAACCUUCCUCAGGAUCAUGUUGGUCUUGGUCUCAGCCUGGCACAAGGGAAUUCCGGUGAUGACAUCGUGGUCAGGUCCCUAAUCCAGCAGGGCACGGCUGUUAAGGAUGGCAGAAUAAAGACUGGAGACACAAUCAUAGCAGUGGGUGAUGAACCUGUGGCAGGGAUGUCAGUAGAAAAGGUGUCCAGCUUGAUUCUCAAACAUCGGGUCACUGUCAAGCUCUCCAUCAUGCGAUCCGAGAGUCUCUCCUCUUCCGCUCUACCUCUGCCGUCAUCUCUUUCCAAUCCCUGCUCGCUGUCUCCUACACCCUCCCUCCCCCUCCCCGUGUCCUCCUCCUCCUCCUCUUCAUCCCUCAGUGCCAUGCUGAACUCUCCCACGGGACAUUCUGAUUGGCUGGGCUCCACGCCCACACCUGCUGACCCCCUGAGCUGCCCAGUUGUAGCCGGGAGGGAAACUACGAUAGAGAUUUCUAAAGGAAACAUAGGCCUCGGCCUCAGCAUUGUUGGAGGAUGUGACACUCUGUUGGGGGCAGUAGUGAUACAUGAAGUAAAUGAUGGAGGUGCAGCUCAGAGGGAUGGAAGGCUGCAGGCUGGGGACCAGAUAUUAGAGGUAAAUGGCAUAGAUCUGCAGCAGGCCACUCACGAUGAAGCGAUCGGUGUGCUGCGGCUCACCACCCAACGUGUUCGCCUGCUCGUCUUCAGGUACCAGGAGGCCUACAGGGAGGAGGACCUGUGGGAUGUUUUCAGCAUGGAGCUCAGACCUCGUCCUGGGGAGGGGCUGGGGUUCACCACUGUGGGAAAGAGUAAUGACACGGGCAUCUUUGUGUCAGAUAUCAUCAGAGGAGGCGCAGCAGAUUUGGAUGGCAGGUUGUUGCUAGGUGACCAGAUUCUGUCGAUCAAUGGCGUGGACGUUCGUGCAGCAGCACAGGAACAUGCACAGAAGCUACUACAGAGUUACAGUGAAAUGGUCCAGUUGGAGGUGGCGCGUUUUAAAGCUGGACUGCAGUACUCACAGCGAAGUCAGGAGUACUUUAAGUUGUGUUUUAUCCAGAGUGAAGACUCUGACUGUUCCACCCUGACCCCCUCAAGUGGAUGUGAUGCUCCAUUUGUCCACCAGAGGGAGACAACAGAUAACAAAACAGGGAGAUACACCGUUCAAAACUUCCCUGACUCCAGAAAAGUAGUAAUACAUAAGGGUCCAAGUGACUCCCUUGGCAUUACUGUAGCGGGAGGAGUGGGCAGUCCCCAUGGCAACGUACCUCUUUUUAUUGCUACCACGGAUACCAAUGGACUGACUGUCAAAACACAGCAAUUACAGACAGGAGACAAGCUCCUCAGUAUCAAUGACGUGUCCACUGAGGGAAUGACUCAUGUCCAAGCUCAAGCCCUGUUGAACAAUGCCACUGGAAGCAUCAGUCUGCAGGUGGCAGCAGGUUCUGGUGAAUGCAGCACACGGGACAACAGUGAUGCACGGUCGUUAAGCCAAGCCGGCAGCCUGCCUCGCUUUCACAACAACCUCUGUGCUCGUACGUAUAAAACCAUCACUCUGGAGAAAGACUCCUCAGGACUGGGCUUCAGCAUAGUUGGAGGAUUCGGUAGUCCUCAUGGAGACCUGCCGAUCUACGUCAAAACUGUCUUCAACAAGGGGGCGGCUGUAGCAGACGGCCGGCUGAAACGUGGAGAUCAGAUCAUUGCCGUGAACGGACACUGCCUGGAGGGGGUGACUCACGCCGAAGCUGUGGACAUCCUCAAGAAGACCAAGGGAAGUGUAGUCCUCACUGUUCUCUCCUAGGAUUAGACCCAAAGGGUCCAGUUUUGUUUAUGUAUAAGUGAAGCGAUGUACGUAUGCUGCUUCAUAAAUGUGAGACAAGAUAGUAAAGAUUAUAUAGUUUUGUUUCAAGUCAUAGCAUAGAGUGUAAACUUGCCUGCAUUUAGUUUGGGGAAGCUACCUCUACCUGCAAUAUACACACAAGUGUUAUGAUUUGAACUCAUGUUAAAGGAAUGAAUACUGCAUUUAGCUUUAUAUUACUAGAAUAGGGUAGUAUUUUAGUAGUAUUUUAGAAAAAUUGUGCUUCCUCAGUUUCCCCUGAGUUGAGAAAUAUCUUCAUUCUUUUCUUUGACACUUGGUCCUGUUAGCGUAACUGUUAGCAAAGAUGGCGGACACUGUUUACAUUCUGGGAAUGAGGUCCCGGCCCCCUACGAGUGGGUCUAAAAAGUGCGGAAUUAGCGUUGCAGUUUCAAGCCUCGGAUCAAGUGUCACUGGUCACAAAGAAAAGAACCUCAGGGGAAACAGAGGUUAGGAAGCACACUUUUUUCAAAAAUGCUACCCCUAUUCUCGUAAUACAAAGCUAAAGGCAAUUUGGCGAUGUAUUCCUUCAAGUUUAUUUUAUGACUCUUCAUAUAGAGAUCAUGAGAAACUGUAUUCAUAAUGACCGGUGGUUUUCAUAUUAUUUAAAGCACAGAAAGCAGCUCACACAGUCAAUACUAUGCUGUCGAAAUUCACAGCUGUGUAUUGUCCUUGUCCUUAUCCAGCGUGUCAUGACACAGACAAACGCAUGGAUAUACCAUAUCAUUUUCCAUGUAAACACACAUCAAUAAAGCAUCCCCCUCGUACGUCUACAUCCGUAGAAAUGAAUGCAACGGAAAGACCUGUCAUGUGACGUGUGUUUAUUCACUGCUGACAUCUGUGAAUCCAUCGUCAGCUACUGUGAUAAACUCUCAACACACCCAAACCCAUGCCAAGUGCUUCUGCCAACCUUUUGUGUGGCAAAUACGGCUUUAGGACAUUUGCUUUGUAAGACUGUUCUGUUUAUACUCAUGCAUACGUCAUUCUCAUAUGCUCAUUUUCAAUGUGUCUCUGUUCCUUUAAUUACCCUGUGAUACAUGGCGUGUUUAUAAUUAGCAACUUUAGGUUUAAAAAAGAAGGAGAAAGAAGUGAAAGCUAAUUUUGUUGCGUCUGUUAUUAAGCAGCUGCUGAUUCCAGCUACGACUGUUGUUUCAUAUUAAUACAUUUGGGGUUAUUUUUUUUUUAAGGACGGCGAGAGUAUUGUGAUAGCAUGACGUGCAAUCUUUAUUUAGAAACGUCUCAUAUUUGUUUUGUAUCAUUUUAUAUGUACCGUGUUAUAUUUAUGUUUACUUA